AUGCAGCGUGCUAUCACAUCUUCCUCCCGAGCAGCAGCUCGCUCGUCUUCGAGAAUCACACCCGGCACUCUCGCCCAGCGAAGAUUUGCACACAAGGAGCUCAAGUUUGGCGUUGAGGGCCGAGCAUCGCUGCUCAAUGGCGUGGACACUCUCGCAAAGGCUGUCGCGACAACACUUGGUCCCAAGGGCCGAAACGUCCUGAUCGAGUCCAGCUACGGCUCGCCCAAGAUCACAAAGGAUGGUGUGACUGUCGCCAAGGCCAUCACGCUCAAGGACAAGUUCGAGAACCUCGGCGCUCGAUUACUGCAGGAUGUCGCCAGCAAGACGAACGAAGUUGCUGGUGACGGGACCACCACCGCCACUGUCCUCGCCAACGCCAUCUUCUCCGAGACCGUCAAGAACGUCGCUGCCGGCUGCAACCCAAUGGACCUCCGUCGCGGCACCCAGGCUGCCGUCGAGGCCGUUGUCGAAUACCUCCGAGCGAACAAGCGCGAUGUCACCACUUCCGCCGAGAUCAAGCAGGUAGCCACCAUCUCCGCCAACGGUGACGAGCACAUUGGUACACUUCUCGCGAACGCCAUGGAGAAGGUCGGCAAAGAGGGUGUCAUUACUGUUAAGGAGGGCAAGACCACACAGGACGAGCUCGAGGUUACCGAGGGCAUGAAGUUCGACCGUGGUUUCAUCUCGCCAUACUUCAUCACCGACACCAAGUCGCAGAAGGUCGAGUUCGAGAAGCCACUCAUCCUGCUCUCCGAGAAGAAGAUCUCUGCCGUCCAGGACAUCGUGCCAGCUCUUGAGGCAUCCCAGCAGCUCCGCCGCCCACUUGUCAUCAUUGCUGAGGACAUCGACGGUGAGGCUCUGGCUGUCUGCAUUCUCAACAAGCUCCGUGGUCAACUGCAAGUCGCUGCUGUCAAGGCACCAGGCUUCGGUGACAACCGCAAGAGCAUCCUUGGCGACAUUGCUGUCCUCACCAACGGCACUGUCUUCACUGAUGAGCUUGACAUCAAGCUCGAGAAGGCUACCCCAGAGAUGCUCGGCUCAACUGGCUCCAUCACCAUAACCAAGGAGGACACUGUCAUCCUGAAUGGCGAGGGUACCAAAGAUUCUGUCACUCAGCGCUGCGAGCAGAUCCGCGGUGUCAUGGCAGACCCAACCACUAGCGACUACGAGAAGGAGAAGCUCCAGGAGCGUCUUGCCAAGCUUUCGGGUGGUGUCGCCGUCAUCAAGGUCGGUGGUGCAUCCGAGGUUGAGGUCGGCGAGAAGAAGGACCGCAUGGUCGACGCUCUCAACGCUACCCGUGCUGCCGUUGAGGAGGGUAUUCUCCCAGGUGGUGGCACUGCUCUCCUCAAGGCCGCUGCGAACGCGCUUAGCAGCGUGAAGCCAUCGAACUUCGACCAGCAGCUCGGUGUGUCAAUUGUGAAGAAUGCCAUCACCAAGCCUGCACGAACGAUUGUUGAAAACGCCGGCACUGAGGGCUCUGUCGUUGUUGGCAAGCUCAUGGACGAGUUUGGCAAGGACUUCAACAAGGGCUUCGACAGCGCCAAGGGCGAGUACACUGACAUGAUCGCCGCCGGUAUCCUGGAUCCAUUCAAGGUUGUUCGCACUGGUCUCACUGAUGCAUCUGGUGUUGCAUCGCUUCUCGGUACCACAGAGGUCGCGAUUGUCGAGGCACCAGAAGAGAAGGCCGGCGGCCCACCAGGCGGCAUGGGCGGUAUGGGUGGAAUGGGAGGUAUGGGCGGCAUGGGCUUCUAA